AUGUCUGAACUCGAGAAAGCGAUGAAUGAAUGUGGUCAUUACCCGAGUAAACUUGAAUUACGUCUCGUCAUGUCCCACGGAGACAGCGAUCAUAACGGUGUGAUUACAUUCGAUGAAUUCGCUCAUUUGAUGAGUGGAAGUAAAUCCGCGGGAAAAUACACAUAUUCACAAUUACGUGAGCAGUUCAACAUGUUCGAUAAGUUGAGAAAUACAAUGAUUCAUCUUCCAAAUACAUUCGUUCAACUGCAGCAAUGCUUUCAGGAUAAGGACGGUUACAUUGAGAAGAAUGAAAUGAUCGAAUGCGUUAAGGAGCUGUCACUAAGUAAAAGUUAUCCACGUCCGGUCGUCGAGGAACUCUUCAAAGAGGCUGAUGCUGAUGGAGAUGGAAAGAUUUCGUUCGAAGGUUAG